UAAUCCGCAGAUAUAUUUUUUGUUCUUUUAUAAUGUUACACUUUUCGCUUAUAUCAAUAUAGUUUAGGCGUAUCCACGAUAAAUCUUUGUACAUUUUUCACUGUAAUCUCCCGAGGAGAUAAAACCGGGACUGUCUCGAGGAAAAUCUACAGUUUUCAUUUGAAUUCGGACACUAUCAAGUGUCUUUCCGCGAUAUAACUUAUGGGUAUAUAAUUUAAAAUUUAAAUGCCAUCUAAAUAGUGUUAUAAUUAGCAGCACUUGGUGCUCCUUUACUAUGUAUCCAAGAUUGUCUUUUUUAUUUUUAACAAUAUCCGUUUUUGUAUUGGUAUUUGGCCAACAUUUUUAUGAAAUAAAGUCAUUAAAAGAGAAGGAUAUAAAAAGUAAAUAUUUAAAGAUAAAUGGCGACAUUUCUUCAAAACGGGACUUGAUGAAUUACUUACGAUCGUUAAGACAUAUUAUUUAUUUUGCUUAUGACUUUAAAAAUGAUGUAGACUUGAAUUUUAACUUCGGAUUAUUUUUAGUCAAUGUGAAUUUAAAAAGUAUUCUUGAAAAAAAGAAAAACACAUUGCCGCUGUCUAUAAAAAAAUAUUUAGAACUGUUAGUGAAGAAGAACGAUGAAGUUAUUUGUUUUUUCAAGGAAAUGGUUAAUCAAGACCAAGAUCCUAGGGACCAACGAAAUAAAAUAUUGGUUUCAUUAUUUUCUAACGAAUCUCAGUGGAUGACAGAAUUGCACGACUUCGAUACAGCAAUUUUAAAAUAUAUAAGAUUAACACCUAAUCAAGAACUUGAAGAAUUAUAUUCGACGAGAAAUAAUUACGAGAAGAAUGUGGGCGAUCUGGAAAAUGGAAAACCAAAUCCAAAAUUAUCAGACGCGUGCUUGGUCGCAUUGGCAUCUAAUCCUAUUAGUGACUCUAAAUAUAGGCCAAAUUGUAUAAUUCCUCAAACAUGCCAAGAUAUGGUGGUUAAUGGAACUAAUGUGGGAUAUGCAUUACUUCAUAGGUUACUCUUACUGUUGCAUGCCAAGUUCGCAAGGAGAUGUAACGUAUUAUCUCCAGCUAAAGAUAGAGAGAUGAGGCAAAAAUUCUGCAAUACUGCCUACGAGGAAGCGCAAUAUAUCGCUAUGCAAGAUUAUUGUUUGAAUGAUUUGAUGAUGGAACAGAUUAGUUUGUGUGCAUUGGAUGGCCACGCAAAAUUCCUUCGCAGUUCUUGGAUAUCAAAUCUCCUCUAUUUUCAAUCUCCAUACGGAUGUUUUGGGUUGAAUCGUUACGAAACAAUACAAAUACAGUCCGAUUUUCAAUCCGUUCCAAAUGAUUUAUUGAAUAGUAAAUCGAAAACUUGGAAAUUGGACAAACAUUUGCAACACGACAUAUUUGGAGGUCUGUGCAAUGGUCACGUCACGGCAGCUGCAGCUUCAACCCUAGCUAUUGUUAUCAGAUACAUCCUGGAAUCUUAUUAAUUCAAUAGAUAGCAACGUAAACGUUAAUCUUGCGAUAAAAUUCUCAUUACUCUCAUAGAAAUGUAAAAUUUUGAUGCUAAUAAAAUUUAAUUAUUUUAUACUUUUCUUUUAAAAUUUAAAAAUUUUAAAAAGUGUGAAAAGUAUGAAAUCUGAAUUAGCAAAGUAUUGAUAGAUUCGGGAAUAUGUUUUGUAUACAUAUAAAGUUAAGCGAUUUUAAAAUAAUUGAUCGGGAAUGUCGAAAAUUGUUUAUAUUUUUUAUAGUUGACAAAUAUUACUGACGUUGCCAUAUUAUAGACUUAGCUCUUAAGAAUAUAAAAUUGCUUGUACUGGAAAACUGCGUGCUUUUUGGAAUUUACAUAAAUAUAAAUUCAUGUGUUUUGAAAUAAAUUACAACUUAAUUCGUAAAAAUUCAAAUUGGAAUUCCGACCAUUUUAAUUAUUAUAAAUGUUGUAAGAUUAUUAAUAAAAGUAUAUACGGGUUUGUUUAAUUAUGCAUAUUAAUCUAGUUUCCCUCUAAUUUGAAACAAAAAUAUUCUCACG